AUGAGGGAAUCCCACGGACGUGGCGUCACUCGGUGCGGGGUGCGCACACGCACACGCUCCUGCGGUAACACGCUGGACGAUGAGGAAUGGCUCACCCGCACGGCCGCCGCGCUGUUCCUUCACGCGCUGCUGCUGCUGUGCGCGCCGUCAUUGGCGCAGGUGUUCCACCUGACGCUGCUCGUUAAGGAAGGUCUGCCCUCCGGAACCAUCGUGGGGGACCUCGGAGCGGUUCUCAGCCAACCGAGCAGCGGGUUCUUCAUCUCCGAGAGCAAGACUCUUACGUCUUCAGGGAUUUUGGAGAUCGACGCGGACACUGGCAUCAUCUCCUCGGCUGUGGUUCUGGACAGAGAGCGCACGGACAAGUACGAGUUUGUGGCUGCCACCCUCACAGGCCAGAUGAUCAAAGUUAAGAUACUGGUGGAGGAUGUGAACGAUCACGGCACCUGCAUUUCCCUCAGGGAGAUCACAUUAGAAAUAUCUGAACUGAGCCCCCCUGGGAGUCGGUUUCAGCUUGAAAGUGCCAAAGACCAAGAUGAGGGUGAGUUUGGGUCCAGGGGCUACAGAAUCACAGAGAGCCAGCUGGUGGCCUUAUUCCAGCUGGAGUAUCAUAGUGCCUCUGAGGACCACGUGAGCCUGGACCUCAUCCUCACCAAUAAACUGGACAGAGAAACCAGGGAGUCUUACUCCAUGACUGUGGAGGUCUUCGAUGGUGGAAUCCCUCCCAGGACGGGGAGACUUCAGGUGAACAUCCUGGUCUUGGAUGAGAACGCCAACCCGCCUGUGUUCAGCCAGUCUGAAUUUCACGCCUCAGUAGGCGAAGAUGCUCCCAUCCUAUCUACUGUGUGUCAGGUCCAAGCUACAGACCUUGACCUGGGCGACAACGCCCGAAACUAUGAGAUUAACAAGCGUCAAAGUGAUCUCGAAUAUUUCUCCAUCAAUGACACCACAGGUGUGAUUUAUCUCAACAAAAAGUUGGACUUUGACUCGGGUUUCCAUGAGUUGAUCGUCAGAGCAAGAGACAACGGUGCUCAGCCCGAGUACAGCAACACCUUCGUGAGCAUCAGGGUGCUCAACAUCAAUGACAACAGUCCCACCAUCAGUAUUCUGUUCCUCAGUGAGACUGGAGAUGCCGUCGUCUCAGAGGCAGCAGCUGUUGGGGAUUAUGUCGCGCGAAUAUCCGUGUCUGAUCCUGAUCUGGAGGAAGAGAUGGUCACAGUCACCCUCCUGGGUAGUAAUGGGAAGUUCACCCUGAAGCAGACGGAUGCCUUCCUGUACGCGUUGGUAAACGCAGAGCUGGACAGGGAAGACAAGGACUUGUACCAGUUAAAGUUGUUGGCAUCAGACUUGGGGAGCCCUGCUUUGAGCAGCGAGGUGGACUUCCUCCUGAAGGUCACUGAUGCCAAUGACUGCUCUCCAGUAUUUGAAAAGAACGUGUAUACCGUCCAUAUAGCCGAGGACGCUCCUCCGGGAGGUUCCCUCAUCCAACUGCAGGCCCGAGACGCAGAUGAUGGCGUGAACUCCGACAUCAUAUAUUCUGUCCUCGAGUCCAAUCAGAAUAGUCCUAUCAGUAUUGACCCAAAGUCCGGCCUGGUCACCACAGCAGCCGGGCUGGACCGAGAGACUCAGGCGGAGGUGUGGUUCCUGGUUGUGGCAGUUGAUGGAGGGGAACCAGCGCUUUCAUCCACAGCUACAGCCGUACUGGUCGAGGACGUCAAUGACAACGGGCCUGUCUUUGAGCAGCAGCUGUACAACGUGUCUAUCCCAGAACACGGAGAAGUCAGAAAGUGCUUCCUGCACGUUGUUGCCACGGAUGCCGACAGCCCUGAGUUCGGUACGCUGCGUUACUCUCUGUCUGACGGCUUUGACACACAGGACGAACACCCGCUCUUUGAGAUCCAGCCACAGACCGGACAGCUAUGCAUCUCACAGGACAUUGACAGAGACACGGGACACACUUUCCAUGAUGUUCUGGUCAAAGCUGAAGAUCCAGAAGGCCUGAGUGCACACACCUACGUGCACAUUGAGGUAGAAGAUCUCAAUGACAACGCUCCAGUUUUCAACCCUGCGCAGUACGCCAUCAGUAUCAGCAGCCACGCACAACCUGGGACAGAAAUCCUCAACAUCAUCGCUACAGACCCGGAUUCUGGCCAAUUUGGACUCAUCAGUUACAGUAUCAUUCCCGGUGAUCGCUCUGCUUUGUUUGCUGUAGUCAAACAAACAGGGACGCUGUACCUGACUUCAAGCCUGAUCUAUCUGGGACGGCACCAGUGUAGGUGUUUUGUGACGGCACGGGAUGGCGAUGGCCUGACAUCAGCGAGGCCUGCAGAGGUCACCGUUAACAUCGUAGGAAGCUCUCAGGUCCCAGCUGUGUUUCAGAAAUCACGCUAUACCUUCACAGUGCUGGAGGACGGCACCUCAAGUACCUCCGUGGGCACGGUGCAAGCCAUCAACCCAGCAGACUCUGUCAAAUCUGUAUCCUAUCGGAUUUCUUCUGGCGAUCCUCAGGGUUUGUCUGUUCAUCCACAAUCUGGCCUGAUCACCAACGUCAAGCCCCUGGACCAUGAGUCCCACCCAUUUGCCCUCCGUCUCCAGACCUACACCGGCACCUCUCCUGUUCACAGCACCACCCAAGUCAACAUCACUAUUGCUGACAUUAACGAUAAUUCCCCCAUUUUCCCGAAAGUCACUGACACAAUCACAGUGUCCCAAAGCACGAUUCCAGGAACGGGGCUCUUCAUAGCUCAUGCACACGACUCCGACAGUGGAGCCAAUGGAAGGGUGCGCUACUCCCUCAAAACGGACAGAAAUGGCACAUUUGUUAUUGACAACAACCUUGGGACCGACAUAAAUCAGAGUUUGCAUGUAGACGGGGAGCACAGCUACACCCUUGAGAUUUUGGCUACAGAUGAAGGAGAACCUUCUCUCAGCUCCACACUGACCCUCACCGUCAACAUCGACUGCACCACUGCUGGAGACAGCCUGGCAUUCGAGAUGCUGGUCUACCAAGUGGAGAUAGGAGAGGGUUAUCGGAAAGACGCACGGGUCAUCCAAAUGAGGGCGCACCGCAGCAGGGGAGCUUCUGACGCGGGUAUCACCUACUCCAUAGAGGCCGAACGAGGAUUCCCAAGUGCUCCUUUCGGAUUCACCCCCAAAACAGGGUGGCUGUAUCUCUCCCGCAGUCUGGACUAUGAGGCAGACAACAUUUUUCAUUUUAGAGUGUUCGCCACGGCGACGGAGGGCAAACAGACUGCGACAGCGUCUGUCAAAGUACUAGUGCUUGAUAUUAAUGACAACACCCCAAUGUUCAGCAGCAACAGCUACUACUUCACAGUGUCAGAGGGGACGUCACCUCACGGCUUGGUGGGAAGAGUCAAGGCCACGGAUAAAGACUCUGGAAUGAACGGCCAGCUGUCUUACAUCCUGCUGUCGGACGGGAAAUUCUUUCGCAUCAAUGCAAAAACGGGGGAGAUCAUCAACUGGGUGGCGCUGGACCGCGAGCGGCACAGCCAACACUGUUUGAAGGUGAUGGUGACAGAUCAGGGUCGUCCUCGCCUCAACAACACCGCAACUGUUCACAUCCUCGUCACAGACAUCAACGACAAUGCGCCACAAUUUACCCACCUGCCUGCUAACAAGGAGCUUAGCAUUCAGAUUGGAGAUGAUCUACCAACAGGAUCCUUGGUGACAAAUGUGUUUGCCAAAGACUCAGAUGCUGGUGAAAAUGGAACAGUUAUCUUCUUGCUGGAUGUAGGUGACCAUCCCGGACACUUUAAGAUUGACUGGAAAAGUGGAGACAUCAGGACAACGGCUCUUUUCAUGCAGGACUUUGAACCAUACUACACUCUGAAAGUAACUGCCCGUGACAGUGGACACACAUCUCUGGAGGACACUGCACUCGUUCGUGUACAGGUCUGUGGAUCAAAGGCUGAGUCUGGCAACUUGGACUAUCAAACAGUGAGGCGCUUUUCGGUGAGAGAAGAUGCAGAACCUGGAGCAGUUAUUGGCUCUGCCAGUAUUUUACACACAGGGAGAGUCCAUUACUCAAUCACAGAGGGCGAUGGGAGCCUUCACUUUGGCGUUGACAGGUCCUCUGGUGACAUUUACAUCAGUCAGUCUCUGGACUAUGAGUUGGCCAUACAGUACUUCCUGGUCGUCCGCGCUGAAGAUGAAGGAGUUUCUCCUACAGUGAACAUAUCUUUGCUGGUCACUGUGAUGGUGGAGGACGUCAAUGACCACACGCCCUGGUUCCCUGAUAAACUCGUGACAUUCGGACUAAGGGAGGACACGGCUCUCGGUGCACGAGCAUUCACGUUUCACACCAAGGAUGCUGAUGGAACUUUACCUAACAGUGCCCUCUACUACACUUUGACCUUUGAGGACCCAGCAGGACCCAGUGAGUCGUCACCACUCUUCCCCUUUGAGAUUGACCCGCAUACAGGGAUCCUGACUGUAAGGGCACCAUUAGACCAUGAGGCCACUUCCAGCUUUGCCUUCACUGUAACGGUGACCGACCAGGCCAAGAGGGAGGAAGACCAGAAACAAACAUCUGUGACUGCUCAGGUCUUCCUGCUGGACACGAACGAUAACCGCCCCGUGUUUAUAUCAUCUGACACUGUGCAGGUAGUGGAGAAUGCAGAGGUCAUGAGCCUGCUGCAUCACGUUGUCGCUAUUGAUGGGGAUCUUGGAAAUGGUGAUAUCUCCUACACCAUUCUUGCCGGUAAUGAGAAAGAAUUCUUCACCCUGGAUGAGAAAACUGGUCUUCUGUUUCUCGCCACUCCUUUGGACUACGAGACGCAACGUUUCCACCGUCUGGUCAUCCAUGCGGCAGAUGGCGGCCUGCCAUCACUCUCCUCCGCUCACACACUGACGGUAGAGGUGAGUGAUGUGAAUGACAACUCACCAAUCUUCAAGCAAACCGUCUACAACGUUAGCGUAAUGGAGAAUAGGGACCCCGGAGAACCAGUGGACCAGGUCUCUGCCACAGACAUGGAUUCAGGAGAGAGGGCUGUGGUGUGGUACAGUCUGCUGCCUGGCCCUGGCUAUGACCUCUUCAGUGUCGACCCUCAUACUGGUCUUAUCACCACGACCUCUAACCUGGACAGAGAGCAGCAGCAGCAUUUCACUCUCAGAGUUCAGGCGUGUGAUCGUGACUCACAGCCUCUUACUGCCACAACCACAGUGCUGUGUUCUGUGCUGGACGAUAACGAUAACCCUCCACAGUUCGUGCAGGCGUCCUUCCAGGUCAGCCUUCCUGAGAACCUUCCCUCUGGGAUCAUUCACACUGCACAGGCCUUUGACCCAGAUCUUGGGGACAAUGGAACCAUACGUUACUCCAUACUUGGAGAUGACUACAAUGGCCGCUUUACUAUAAACAUUUACACAGGUGACAUCAGCACCACAGAGGUCCUUGAUCGGGAGGAAAGGCAGAAUUAUACACUCACGAUAGAGGCCUGUGACACCGGCUGCAUCCCACUCAGCUCCUCCACCAAGCUCGAAGUUGUCUUGGUGGAUGAGAAUGAUAAUGUCCCCUUCUUCACCCGAACCAGCUACCAAGCAUCGGUCAGUGAGGGUUUACCUGCAGGAGCUGAAGUCCUGCAUGUUCGCGCCCUGGAUCCUGACGAGGGGCCAAACGGGGAGGUAACGUACUCCCUGACAGAUGACAGCAGCCAUGGCGCCUUCUCUGUGGACGCCUCCACAGGACUGAUCCGCACCACCAGGUCUCUGGACCGAGAACAGACAGCCCAGUACACCCUCAGGGCUGUGGCUACUGACAGCUGUGCCAAAGGCCCACUCAGCUCUGUGGUGUCGGUCACCAUACAGGUGGAGGAUAUUAACGAUAACAUUCCAGUCUGUGACCAGAACCCGCUCAGUGCUUGGGUGUCCACAAGCAUGUCACCAAACCAGAUAGUUACCACUCUGGCGGCAACAGACAGUGAUCUGGCUGAGAACGGCACGGUCCAGUUCAGCCUUUCUGAAGCGGACAACGUUUUUCAGUUGAAUAGCGAGUCAGGAGAGCUUUUACUGCUACGGCGAGUGAGAGUGGGUCUGUUGAAGAGGAAGCUGCAGGUUGUGGUGUCAGAUCGAGGACGACCUGCUCUAACGUCCACCUGCCUGGUCCUUAUCCACCUAAAAGGAGAACAGGAAGGACUGCAGUUCACGAACAAAGCCUACAAUGGCACCGUCAAGGAGAACAGCAGAGCUGGCACUUGGAUUGCAAAAGUUGAAGCCAGUGACCGAAUUAACAACAGACAAAGGAUCACAUAUUCUAUAUUCAGCGGCAAUGAAAAUAAGAUUUUCACCAUCAGCCGUCAUACAGGAGAGAUCCGCGUGGGCAAAACUGAGUCUCUGGAUUACGAGGCGAGUCGUCACAUUCCAUUGGGGGUGCUGGCUGACAACGGGCUGCAGACGGCUCACUGCAGGGUCUCAGUCUACCUGCUGGACGUCAAUGACAACACGCCCGCAUUUGAACGCAGCAGCUACAGAACCGCUGUGUGGGAGGGGCAGGUGCACAACACCUACGUUAUGCAGGUUUUUGCUUUUGAUGCCGACAGCGGGACGAACAGGCAGAUCGAGUACUCCAUUCUGUCCGGUAACCAUAACGACGCAUUCGUCUUAGAUUCUGUUCGAGGGAUCCUUGCUACCAAUGUCUUACUGGACCGUGAGAUCACUCCCUCGUACAAACUGGUCCUGGAGGCAGCAGACAAGGGAAAUCCUUCACUUAGUGGCACCACCACCGUUAGAGUCCAAGUGGUGGACAUCAACGACAAUAGUCCUGCCAUCCCCUCAGUGGAGCCUGUGCUGAUAGCAGAGAAUCUACCAGGAGGUCAUGUGGUCACCCAGGUGACUGCCAAUGAUGUGGACUUGAGCUCAGUAAUCACAUACAGCUUUGCAGACAACAGAAGCCAUGAUGGCUGUUUUGCUAUCGACCCGUACAGCGGUGUGGUGACGCUAACACGAGCCCUGGACUACGAGGAGCAGGCAGAGUACACUUUGACCAUCUGGGCCUCCGACUCCAUCCACCAGGCCACUGGAGAGGUCACAGUUCAAGUGGUUGACAUCAAUGACAACCCUCCAGUAUUCAACCAGACCUCCUACCAGGUGGAGCUGUCCGAGUUGGUCUCAGCACAGACAUUAGUUGUGUCAGUGUUUGCUACUGACAGAGACACUGGACUCAAUGGUGAGGUGUCCUACAGACUGCUCACUUCUGUCCAAGACUUUUCUAUCCAGCCAGAAAAUGGAUCUGUUUUCACAAACAAGCCCCUAAAACCAAUCACAAACAGCAAUCCAAUCCAGCUGCUAGUUGAGGCCAAAGAUGGAGGAGAUCCCACACAUUCUGCUCUCACCUACAUUGAUAUCACAGUUCUUGAUGCCAAUGACCAUGCACCUCUGUUCCCACAGAACACUUACACACUCACCGUCCCAGAGGACACAUCUACUGGCAGCACCCUGCUGAAGCUCUCUGCAGAUGACCAAGACAGGAGCCCAGAAAAUACAUACUUGGACUACUCCAUUAUAAGGGGAAAUGAGGAGAGGCGAUUCUGUCUAGAAGUAAACAUGGUUAAGAUUGAGAAUCAGAUGAAAUAUGUAGGAAAACUGGUUCUAUGUAACCCGUUAGACCGAGAGACUACUGACAGCUACCAACUGACAGUGUGUGUAUCAGACCGAGGAACACCUCCACUGUCCAGCUCUGCUGUCGUUACAGUGACGGUGACAGACUGUAAUGACAAUGCUCCUGUCUUUUCAAGAACAGAGUACCAUGCCCAAGUGAGUGAAAACAGCUUACCAGGUACUAAGCUAGUCCAGGUCAAUGCUCUGGAUCCUGACCUGGGAAUCAAUGGCUUGGUGCAUUACAAUAUUAUUUCAGGGAACUCCAAAGGUCACGUCAAGCUGGACCGUCAGUCUGGACUUUUGGUUGUCAACAGUUCACUUGACUUUGAGGGAGAGUCAAAAUACACCCUGACGAUCUGUGCAUCUGAUGGAGUUGAAUCGCUUGAAGAACAUAAUGUGGCUUUCACAGUGGUGUUCAUUACAGUGUUGGAUGAGAAUGACAACACUCCUUACUUCAUUUUCCCAGUGGUCAACUGUUCUGUGUUCGAGAACCUCCCUUCAUUUUCCCAUGUCUGUUCUGUCCAUGCUAUUGACAAUGACUUGGGGAUGUAUGGACAGAUCUCAUACUCCAUUGCAUCGUCGUGCUUCAUGGGCUACGGUAUCGGCAGCCCUGAACGAAAGGAGAACUUUGCUAUUGACCUUCUCACAGGUGACAUUCACACCAGACAGACUUUUGAUUAUGAACGCAAAAAUGAGUACUGCUUCAUAGUGGAAGCCAGGGACAAGGGCGAAAAAGUAGCUACAGUGAGAGUGCAGGUGAGCAUUAAGGGAGUAGAUGAGUUCAGUCCCAUCUUUACCCAAAAGCAAUACUACUUUAUGCUGCCUGAGAACAUAGAGCUAGGACAGACCGUUGGCUUUGUAAUGGCCAUGGACCAUGAUGGAGGCGUGGAUGGUUUGGUAGAGUACUCCCUGGUGAAUUCAUCACUGUUUUUCUCAAUUAACAAAACAAUUGGUGCCAUCUUUAUAUCAGGUCCUGUAUAUCGCACACGAGGUAGCCAUGUUAGGGAAGAUGUAGUAGAGCUACUAGUAUCUGCAGGUAGUCCCAGACUCGGCUCCCGAACAACCACUUGCCUGGUGUCAAUCAACAUCUCCAGCUCAGUAAAGGCACUUAUCGGAUUGCCCGUUGACACCCACAUGCUCAGUCUGGGUACCUCACUAAUUGUGUUCCUUCUUCUCUUCCUUGUGCUUGUGGCACUGGCUCUCAAGUACAAAAUGAAAGAAGCUACCCUCAAAAAGGCUGAUGCCAUCGCCACAAACUUAAACAGUGACACAGGCACAUUUGGAAGAUCCAGUGGCCAAUCACAAAGUGCCAUGUGUCUGCACAAGUUUAAAAGGCCCAACAGUUGGACUAAGAGGGACAUUUCCAACCCAUGCACCCAGUCAGACUCGAGUGGCCAUGGAUCAGCAGAGGGUGAAACAGCUGAAGAUGAGGAAAUCAAAUGGAUUAAUGAGAAUUCCAACCAUGUAACAGUGGGAUAUUUGGAAGGCAACCAGAUUUCAGAGAUCCCAGACUCUUCAGUUCCUGGAGACAACAUCUCCUGUCACUCUAUCGAUGUAGGGCCGGAGCACAUUUUGUCCAUCAUUAAAAGUCCAGUAACAACAAUGGCCAGUACAGAAAGCCUAUACCAUUUCAAAGAAGAGGGAGGAGGUGAGGGACUUCUUCCUGCAAUACUCAGGGUGAGGGAUUUGGAGGAGAACAUGGAGACAAAAGGGUAUGCGCCUCUUUCAGAAAACAGUGCCUCUGCAGAUUCUCUCUCUUCACUGGUGUACCUGGAGGAACAGCUGCAGGAUGGCUACAAUUGGGACUACCUGUUAGAAUGGGAGCCACGCUUCCAGUCUCUAGCUUCCGUCUUUGCCGAUAUUGAAAUGCUCCCUGAUGAGGAGCUUCAAGGUGGCUGUGAGGAGCUAGCAGCUGAAGCAAGCUGUCUCAUGUAUCCACCGCCCCUUAUAACAGGAGUGGCCCAACCUGGCAUCAGAACUGUACCUCCACGGAAGCCGGUCCGUGUGCCAAACCUGAACAGGCGGUCAUCUUUCCCUAAAUAUGUCUAUUCCCCCUUAGUCAGGAAUACAGGACUCACACCUUCAGCAAUGACUCCCACCUUCUCCCCAUCGCUUUCUUCACUAACCAUCAGAACACCCAGUGCCUCACCAGUAAUCUCAGAAACUGGAGUGGGGGGUAUCAGACUUGACUCAGGACCCCUGACCACAAGCCUACUGGAUGCAGAAGUACAGGUGUAGACCAAAACCGGCACUGCAGGACAUCGUCUCUUUUCUAACCCAAGGAUUUUUUAGGUUAUGGUACUGCACAAUUAUUGCACAGUUUUGCAGUUGAUUUCCUAUCUUGUUUUUAUAAUAAACUAAUUAUUACAAU